GCACACACACACACACACACACACAGACAGACAUUUACAUUAACAGACCUCCGCCCAAUCAUGCUGCAACGGAAACGCAGCCUGGAGAACGGUCAGCAGCAGCAGCAGCAGCAGGAGGAGGAGGAGGCUGAGGUGUGUGCCUUCUGCCUGGAUCAGCUGCAGAAUCCGGUGAAGCUGCGCUGCAAUCACUCCUUUUGCAGGAGCUGCCUGGAGAUCUACCGCGAGGCGCGCAGCUGGGUGGCCGAGCGCUGUCCGCUCUGUCGGCGCACACUGGAGGAGCAUCGGGGGCUGGAGGCACGCAGCUGGAAGGGUACCUGGAGUAUGGCUGCUCUCAUCUUGCCGCUGCUGAUGCUCAGCCUGGGGACCUUCUACUUGCUGCUGCUCUACUGGUAGAAGGAUGUUCAGACCUAUUCAAAAUUAGUUAUGCGUAGAUGGAGCGAUAGGGUAGGAUGCGUACAGAGUUGAGUGAACUUUAAUUAAACCUAAAAGCCAUAAAAUUCCA